UCUCUAUUAUUGAAUUAUUAUAAUUAAAUAAAAAAUUAAAACAAAAAUAUUAAUAAAAGACUCAUGCUUCCCUUUCUCUUGUUUCGACCUUUUCUUUCUCUUCCUUCUCCGCGACGAUCUCUGUCCACAACAAGGAGGCCGCCGCCAGCGCCUGGCAGCGAGGGGAGUUUUAGAAGACUGGAGCUUGGGAUCAGCGACAUGAAUGGUGCCGCCGAGUCCGUGUUCCAGCAACAGGAGUUUUCGCAGCACCGAAACCAGAGGUGGGUGCAUCUUCCUCUAACGAUUUGCGAGGCUUUGACGUUCUGAUCUGAGUUGGUGGCGGAAGAGCAGAGGAAGAUAAAAGAAGAAGGCUAUAGUAGCCCAGAGAUGCGGCGGAGGAGAUAUAGAAGGUAUCAUGGAUUUGAGAAGAUCGAUUUCGAUUAUUGAUGAGAUGUGAGAAGAUUGAUUUCGCCGCCAAUUUCAGAUCCUAGAACAAUGGAGCAUUGGAGCUCGAUUUUCCCCUUGGAAUGGGUUUUCUACACGGCGAUGAACAUCGCUCCGUGGAUCUUGACCGUCGGGGUGUCCACCGCUGACCGUGAUUUCCCGGUGGAUGUCGUGCUCAGAGAUGGAAGCGUGCUCACUGGAGUUUCGCACUACGGCGGGAACGGUCUGCCGGAGGGAGAGCUUUUGCCGCUUGUGUACAACGCCGAUUGCAGGAGCAAGUACUGCUAUUCGGGAUACCUCGACCCGGUGAAGGUGAAGGGGAAGAUUGUGUUGUGCGAUCGCGGCGAAGGUGAAGGGGAAGAUAGGUACACCCAGGGGCGUAGCUAGGAUUUCGACCAGGGUGGGUCCACUUUGAAAAAAUAUAUAUGAUGAAAUAACUUUUAUUAAUUUUUUUAAUUAUUCAUAAUAUAAUUUUAUAUUUAAA